AUGUCGACCUGGACCGACAACUUGACCAUGGAAACCAUGGCCAAGGAGAGAGCCAAUCCGCCCUUCGACGUGCGCAAGAUGUCCAUCGAGCACCACGGCAGCGAGAGCGACCUCGUCAAAAAGGAAAAGUUCAUGCUCGAGGCGAGCCGUGACCCCGUCUUCUACUCGGCAGACAUCUACGACCUCACCAAGGACCAGAUCCGCGAGCGUACCAUGCAGCGCAUCCAGCGCCUCGCCCACUAUGUCACCAGCGAGUCGGUCGACGACUUUCAGAAGCGCAUGGAGCUCAUGUCGCUCCUCGACCCGGGCCUCUGGACGCGUCUCGGCGUGCACUACGGCCUCUUCCUCGGCGCCAUCCGCUCCGGCGCCACCCCCAACCAGUUCUCCUACUGGAUGGAGAAGGGCGUCAUCGCCUGCCAGGGCAUGUUUGGCUGCUUCGGCAUGACCGAGCUCGCCCACGGCUCCAACGUCGCCGGCCUCGAGACCACCGCCCACUUUGACGCACAGACCGACGAGUUCGUCAUCCACACGCCCAACCUCGGCGCCACAAAGUGGUGGAUCGGCGGCGCCGCCCAAACCGCCACCCAUUGCUCCGUCUUUGCCCAGCUCAUCGUCAAGGGCAAGCGCUACGGCACAAAGACCUUCAUCGUGCCCCUCCGCGACCCCAAGUCCUUCCAGCUCCUCCCCGGCAUCAACAUCGGCGACAUUGGCAAAAAGAUGGGCAGAGACGGCAUCGACAACGGCUACAUCCAGUUCACCAACGUCCGCAUCCCGCGCGCCUACAUGCUCAUGAAGCACACCCAGGUCACGCGCGACGGCGAGGUGCGCGAGCCCCCGCUCCAGCAGCUCACCUACGGCGCCCUCCUCCAGGGCCGUACCGCCAUGGUGGCCGACGCCGCCAACACGGCCAAGAAGGCGCUCACCAUCUCGGUGCGCUACGCCGCCGCACGUCGCCAGUUCAAGUCGGAUGGCAAGGCCCAGUACGAGACCCAGAUCCUCGACUACCCCAUCCACCAGCGCCGCCUCAUGCCCCUCGUCGCACAGGCCGUUGCCUUUGGCUACACCGCCCUCGAGCUUCAGCGUCUCUUUGAGGAGACCUCGCAGGCACUCGAGGCCCUCGAGCCCGGUGACCCCAACCUCGAGGCCACCAUCGAGAAGCUCAAGGAGACCCACUCGACAAGCGCAGGCCUCAAGGCUUUCUGCACCUGGGCCACCCUCGAGACCAUCGACCGCUCCCGUCAGGCGUGUGGUGGCCACGGUUACUCCUCCUACAACGGUUUCGCCAACAUGCACGCCGACUUUGCAGUACACUGCACCUGGGAAGGCGACAACACGAUCUUGGCGCUGCAGGCGGGCCGAUUCCUCAUCUCGGCGUACCAGGAUGCGAUGGAUGGCAAGGAGCAGGUGAGCGCGGGUACCAAGUACCUCAACAACAUCGAGCAGGUGCUGUCGGCCAACGCGGGUACCAAGUACCUCAACAACAUCGAGCAGGUGCUGUCGGCCAAGUGCGAGUCCAACGAGGCGCUCGACACGCUCGACGGCAUCGACCGCGGUUGGGCGACGGUGGCGGCGCAUGCGGUCAAGAAGGCGUCCGAGGACUACCAGGCGUGCCUCAAGGCCGGGCGCAGCCGCGAGCAGGCCUUCGAAGACUGCUCGCAGGUGCGCUUUGUGGCGGCGAGCGUGCACACCUCGGGCUACAUCUUCCGCCAGUUCCGCGCUGCCGUCGAGCGCGUCGAGAGGAGCGACGACGGCGUGCGCGAUCACCUCGAGCUGCUCGCCAAGUUUUACGGACUCUGGCAGAUGGAGGACAAGGCGGCGUUCUUCCUGCGCUCCGGCUGGCUCACGCCGGCGCAGCUCGACUAUGCGUCGGCCAAGGUCACCGAGUACUGCGCCAAGACGCGUACGUUUGCGAUUCCGCUCAUCGACUCGUUUGCCAUUUCGGACCACGUGCUCAACUCGCCCAUCGGCCGUUACGACGGCGACAUCUACCGCGAGUACUUCCGCAUGGUGCGCCGCAACAACCCGCAGCUCAAGGAGCACCCGUACUUUGAGCGCCUCAUCCGCCCGUUCAUCGAGCGCCAGACUGCCGAGCUCGAGGACUACGACGAGGCGAUCGGCAUCGACGACGAGAUCGAGGAGAUCAAGCAGGACCGCGAGGAGGCCGAGGCUGAAGCCAAGGCCGCUGCCGCCGAGAACAAGAAGUAG